UUUCACUCAGGCAGAACGCGGGCACGUGCUCUCCACAUGAUUUUGACGGGGCCUCUGAGCAGAGAAUCAUCAGUUCGCUGUUCGACGUUUGACGUUCGACACUCGACACUCGACGCUCGACGCUCGCCGUUCACCGGUGCUGUCGAAGCCGAAGUUUUGGUCUCUGGUCGCUGGAAUUUACUGUCCCUGGUGGCGUGUGUGCGGCCUUGGUGCAAGGUUCUUCUACAUAUUUGUGCCCAUCGGAUAUUGUGUCAGACAGAAUUGUGCACUUGUCCUGUACAACAGUCAUGUUGGAACUUACUGUGUUUUUAUACUCAGAGGUCAUCAGUAAUCUGUUUGUGCAAU